AUGGCGUUAAAAGGACUGAAAGUAUUGGAGUUCUCCGGAUUAUUACCAGUCCCUUUUUGUGGAAUGGUUUUAGCCGAUUUUGGAGCAACAGUAAUCCGUAUUGACAAGGUUCACUCCAACACCGACUUGGAUUGUCUAAGCAACGGGAAGAGAUCUCUGAGCCUGGACCUAAAGCAGCCCGAAGCUAUCAGUAUAAUAAAAUCCUUAACUCGCAAAUCGGACGUUUUGAUCGAGCCCUUCAGGAAGGGAGUGAUGGAAAAGCUGGGCUUAGGUCCUGAUGAUUUAAUGAAAGAAAACCCGAAACUGGUAUAUGCCCGGCUCACCGGUUACGGUCGUAAUGGCCCUUUUAGUAAAAACGCAGGUCAUGAUAUCAAUUAUGUAGCUUUAUCAGGCCUUCUUUCAGCAUUUGGAAGGUAUGGAGAAAAUCCCAUUCCUCCUGUGAACGUGCUGGCUGAUAUCGGAGGUGGAGGCCUGACUUGCGCGUUGGGUAUAUUACUAGCUUUGAUAGAAAAAGGAAAAUCGGGUAAAGGCCAAGUGGUAGACUCUACGAUGGUGGAGGGCACCGCUUACCUGGGUAGUUGGAUAUACCGAGGGCAAAAAAUAUUACCGGUUUGGGGGAACGAACGAGGAAGAAACGUAUUAGAUACCGGCACUCAUUACUACGAAGUGUACAAAACCAAAGACGGUAAAUACAUGUCCGUAGGAGCGCUAGAAUCGCAAUUUUACCAGCAACUCCUCGAAGGUUUGGGAUUGACCGAAGACGAAGCUCCCCAAUUCGGUGACUUCGAUGAACUGAAAAAACUGUUUGCUAGAAGAUUCCUGGAAAAAACGAGAGACGAAUGGUGCGAAAUAUUCGACUCCACCGAUGCCUGCGUGGCUCCCGUUUUAAAUCUAAACGAAGCUCCGGUUCACCCUCACAACAAGCAGCAGAAUUCUUUUACUGAAGUCGACGAUUUCUACGCCCCGAACCCUCACCCGAAGCUCAGCAGAACGCCCGGCGAAACGCAGGCCAGGAAACCAGCCACCCAAGUCGGGGAACAUACUAGAGAAAUAUUGAUCGAUUUGGGGUAUUCUUCGGAAGAAAUAACGGAUUUAGAAAACAGAGGAGUAAUCAGUUGUUACAAAUUGUCCAAACUGUGA